AUGACUAGACGUAUUAAGUGAGUAUAGCCGUACGUAAUUAUAGGUGUUCGUAUGGAUUGAUGCGGUUCGUGCGUUUAGGAUGUGUCACGUGUAAUUCUAUUAUUCACUGUUUCCAGUUGCCUGACAGCUAACCCGGAAGUGCGGCAGAGGCACCGGGAAUGCGGCGGUGAGGGUGCCCGAGCUGUUGUGGACCGGCGGAAGCGUUUUGACUGGGUCAAGGAAGCGCUGGGAGCCUGGAAGGAAUCCUGGUAA